GGGGGCCGCGGAGCCGCCGCCGCCGCUGCUGCCGCCGCUGCUGAGACCCGGCGAGCGAUGGGAUGAAGAUGAGACGCUACAAGCUCUUUCUCAUGUUCUGUAUGGCCGGCCUGUGCCUCAUCUCCUUCCUGCACUUCUUUAAGACCCUGUCCUAUGUCACCUUCCCCCGCGAACUGGCCUCUCUCAGUCCUAACCUCGUGUCCAGCUUCUUCUGGAACAAUGCUCCCGUCACGCCCCAGGCCAGCCCUGAGCCGGAUGGCCCGGACCUGCUGCGUACCCCGCUCUACUCCCACUCGCCCUUGCUCCAGCCACUGCCCCCGAGCAAGGCCUCCGAGGAGCUCCACCGCAUGGACUUCGUGCUGCCCGAGGACACCACCGAGUAUUUCGUCCGCACCAAAGCCGGGGGCGUCUGCUUCAAGCAAGGUACCAAAAUGCUGGAGAAGCCGCCACCGGGGAGGCCGGAGGAGAAGCCGGAGGGCGGGGAUGGCUCCGCCGCCGCCGCCCGGGGCCCUGCUCGCCGCCCGCUGAGCACCAGGGAGCGGCUGGGGAGCCGGGGCGCGCGGCGCAAGUGGGUGGAGUGCGUGUGCCUGCCCGGCUGGCACGGGCCCAGCUGCGGGGUGCCCACCGUGGUGCAGUACUCGAACCUGCCCACCAAGGAGCGGCUGGUGCCCCGGGAGGUGCCGCGGCGGGUCAUCAACGCCAUCAACAUCAACCACGAGUUCGACCUGCUGGACGUGCGCUUCCAUGAGCUGGGCGACGUGGUGGACGCCUUCGUGGUGUGCGAGUCCAACUUCACUGCCUACGGCGAGCCGCGGCCACUCAAGUUCCGGGAGAUGCUGACCAACGGCACCUUCGAGUACAUCCGCCACAAGGUGCUCUACGUCUUCCUGGACCACUUCCCGCCCGGGGGACGGCAGGACGGCUGGAUCGCCGACGACUACCUGCGCACCUUCCUGACGCAGGACGGCGUCUCCCGGCUGCGCAACCUGCGGCCCGACGACGUCUUCAUCAUCGACGACGCCGACGAGAUCCCCGCCCGCGACGGCGUCCUCUUCCUCAAGCUCUACGACGGCUGGACGGAGCCCUUCGCCUUCCACAUGCGCAAGUCGCUCUACGGCUUCUUCUGGAAGCAGCCGGGCACCCUGGAGGUGGUGUCGGGCUGCACGGUGGACAUGCUGCAGACGGUCUACGGGCUGGACGGCAUCCGCCUGCGUCGUCGCCAGUACUACACCAUGCCCAGCUUCCGGCAGUACGAGAACCGCACGGGCCACAUCCUGGUGCAGUGGUCGCUGGGCAGCCCGCUGCACUUCGCCGGCUGGCACUGCUCCUGGUGCUUCAGGCCCGAGGGCAUCUACUACAAGCUCGUGUCUGCCCAGAACGGUGACUUCCCCCGCUGGGGGGACUACGAGGACAAAAGGGACCUCAACUACAUCCGGAGCCUGAUCCGCACCGGCGGCUGGUUUGAUGGCACGCAGCAGGAGUACCCACCAGCUGAUCCCAGCGAACACAUGUACGCCCCUAAGUACCUGCUCAAGAACUACAACCGGUUCCGCUACCUGCUGGAAAACCCCUACCAGGAGCCCGAGAGUACUGCGGCAGGUGGCGGGCGAAACAAGGAUGGGGAGGGCAGGCUGCCAGCCAGGGGCCAUUUAGACAUGGUUGAAGGCUAAGGCCACAUGAUCUAGCUGGGCCAGUGGUGGGUGAAGGUGGCAGCUGCCCCGAGUAUUAUCUUCCUGCCACCUUCUGCCUUCCCGGGUGGUUCUUGAGAGAACCAGGAGUGAGUGGGUGAUGGGUGGAUGGGUGGGGGUCUUCCCUACUCAAGCCCUCCUGAAUCAAGGGUCAGGCCUCCGGGCUUAACAACAUGCUUCCUGGUCAGGAGAGGAGGGCAGACCCAGACAGAUGUCUGUGCAGCCCUUUUUCCCUCCAGGAGUGCUGUGGCCAGGAGGUGCCAGUGGAGAAUGCAUGAUUGGUCCUGGGGGCAGGGGAGGGUGGGGAGGGGAGUGUGCCAGAAUUCACUUGGGCCAAGGCUUGGGAGCUGGGGCUCCAGCCAGGAGAAGCCAGCCACUGGGCAUCUGGGGGCUUUGGAGCUGCAGUGGGAAAGGGAGUACCAGGAGGUCUUGGGGCUGUGGACAUAGAUGCGUUUGGGUCCAGGAGGAAGAGGGGACAGCAGGUGGGAGGGGAUGAGAGCAGCAUACAGCUGGGAGGAGAUGCUGGUGGGGGCUUUGCAGUGCACUCAGAACGGUGGGUGGGAGAGAAGAGGAUGCCCCGCCAGCCCCCAGGACACCAGCCCCUUGGGGCCGACAUAGGCGUGGUUCUCAGACCUGGCCUUGACUUUCCUUCUUACUUUUUAUAUUCCUCUUUGUGGGAUGCCCACUGAGUGCUUGCAGGGCCAGGACUGCAGUUCUCGGGAUGGGAUAUGAGUGGGUCAGGCCUGCAGGGGUGGGAGGGGAAGACACUGACAAGAUACCUCUGAUCAGUCACCCUCUCCCCUCCAUCACCCUCCCUGCCGGGACUCAGAAGCCCAGCUCUUCACUAUCUCAGGUGGAAUCACUCUUGGGCCCCUCUUUGGGGCUGGCUAGGGGCCAAAAAGGGACCACAAGACUCCCCUGAGCCCAAGAAGGGACUUUAAGGCCAGUUAUAUGAUAUCCCAUUCCUCUAACUCUGCCUACGGGGGGAGGGAGUAUACUUGCUGGGGUAGGUUCUAAGCUGCUGUAAUUAAGAGACUCCAAAAUACAGUGGUUUACCAAAACAAAAACUUAUUUCUAAUUUAAGUGUCUAGAGGGAGAUGAUCCAGAGCUAGUAGGGCAGCUCUGCUUUCCUUCAUACACACCUUCCCACUCUGGAUGCAGAGUGGCUGCUGCAGCUCCCACCAUCACAUGUGCAUCCAAGCCUGGGGGAAGCAGAGAAAGGCAAGGGUAGUGAACACUUUUUCCCUUUAAGGGUAGGAACCAGAAGUGGCACAGUGACUUGUGGUUGCAUCUCAUUGGCCAAGACUUAGUCACAUGGCUACAAUUAGCUGCAAGGGGAGAUGGGAAAUACAGUCUUCAGUUGAGUUGCCAGGUACCCAGCCUCAGCUUGGGAGUUCUCUUAUUAAAGGCAGGAAAAGAGGAUGGAUCCGGGGAACAAGUAGCAUCUUUGGCACAGGGGGAGGGGAAGAGAGGCUGGAAAUAACUGCUUCUGUCCUAGGUUCCUGCCCUCAUUGUUCAGAGCUUCUGGAACAGUCAGGGCUGGGGCGUGGUGGGAGCCUGCAGCUGGUGGGCAGGAUGAAGGCCCCGUUCCCAGGGGCCCCUCAGUCGUUUAUACAGUGAGGCCAGUUGGCGUCGUCUGCCUGUGGAAUGGUCCAUGUUUGUGUGUGCGUGUAUAUUUAUGGGCAUGGGUGCAUGCUUGGUGUGUCUUUGUACAUGUCUGUAUCAAUGUGUCCCUGUAAAUACAUGCUUGUGUGUGGGUGUGGAAGUGGGGCCCAGGCACCCCCAGGGCCCCAAGCCUGUGGCUACCUCCUGCAGCCUCCCCCACCCCAAGAUGGCUGAGGCCAGAAGCCCUCAGGGAGCCUGAGAAGGGGAGGCAGGGUCUGUCUGUCUGUCAGUCAGUCAGUCUUUCAGUGGAAGGAAUGAGAAUCUUCUGACCUGAGGCCAGCACAGCUGAGCGCCCACUACCUCCCCAGCCCUCCUCUCCCCAACCACACCCCCCACCCCAAUCUCCAGCUGGGACUUCCUGGGCCAGGAGAGCAGGCGUCUCCCUUGCCACCGCUCUCUCAGGGAGAUGCCCAGUGAUGUGGGGAGCUGACCAGCCGACAGCCUCUGGCAGGCAGGCGUGAAGCAGACUAGGGGGCUCUGGUGCCCCCCAUUCUCCCUCCUGUCCAGGGGAUGCCCCCGAGGGAACCCCUCCUCUGGAGGUACAGCAGCCCCUCUCUGUCCUUGUUGGGUCUGAGAGGUGGCCCAAGAGGUCACAGUGCCCCCGUGACUGUGUCAACAGGCCUGGCCCACCCUCCUUAGUGCCUCUGCUCACCCCCUGAGGGACCAUCUGGGGGCCGCACUGAGGGGAGAGCAUGUCACCCCCUCCCCCGUCUGCCACGUCCUCCCCAGACCGGGAGCUCCUGAAUUCUGCCUGGGCCCAGCCCAGGGCCUCCCUCCCACCACCCUACACCUUCAGCUGCUGCAGGGUGACCCCUUCCCUGCCUUGCAGGGGUCUCUGGCCUCCAGGUCACCGCCCCAGGGGCAAGUCAAGGAAGAGGGGGAAGCCUGGCCAGCAGGUGGAAAGGAGGACUGUCAGGGCGGAGCCUGGGCUGGGGCUGGGGCUGGAGCGCGUCACUCACACACAGUCACAUCAUACACUGGGAAUGGGGGGAGCAGCCGGAGAGCCGGGGCCACCCCCCCAGUAUGAAGGGAAAUCAAACUGUGAAGGCGGACGGCUGGGCGCCACUGGCCCUAUCCCCCUGCCUAGAUUUCUUCCUCCAGAACCAAGGACGCCGAGCCGUGCCAUCCAGGGGGUUCGGUUGCCCAGUGCCAGGCACUACCCGGGCCACACUGGUUGCUGGGGAUGACGGGCACAGGAGAGCUUUGGGGGCAAAGGUCACAGUCAGGGUGGGGGAAGCAGGCCUCGCCCUAGCAGAGGUAGGGCCCUGGGAAAUGUGUAAUUUAAGGACAUCAAUAAUAAUAGUAGUAAUAUUUUUUUUGUAAGGAAAAAUGAAUAUGUACAUUCUGAAAUCAUUUUCUCUGUAAAUGGUUGGAUUUCAUUUCACCCUUAAAGGGAUGCUUAAAGGAGAAGAUACUGUUAAUAAUAAAACAGCUACAAAGUC